AGCUCCGGUUGGGGGGGAGGGGCCGCCGGGACCGCGGGGCCGUGGGCGCUUCCAAGAACAUGGCGACGGCGAGCCUCGCUCAGAUUCCUGAUGUAGACAUCGACUCGGACGGCGUCUUUAAGUACGUGCUGAUUCGGGUCCACUCGGCAUCUCCCUCUGGUGCCCCAGCUGCGGAAACCAAGGAGAUCGUGCGCGGCUACAAGUGGGCAGAGUACCACGCGGACAUUUACGACAAAGUGUCCGGCGAGAUGCAGAAGCAGGGCUACGACUGUGAGUGUCUGGGCGGAGGGCGCAUCUCCCACCAGAGCCAGGACAAGAAGAUCCAUGUGUAUGGCUACUCCAUGGGCUACGGUCGUGCCCAGCACUCUGUCUCAACUGAGAAGAUCAAAGCCAAGUACCCUGACUAUGAGGUCACCUGGGCUGAUGAUGGCUACUGAGGCCUCCAGCCCGAGACCUGCUGCCUCCAGCAGCCAAGUCAGAACUCUGUUCUUACCAGAGGCUGGCCUUGCCCUUCCCUUCUGUACCCCUGGUAAUAUGCCAUCUCACCACAGACCAGCCUGGCCCCUGUACAUUAAAAGCUUUGCUGUGCCUGCCA